CCGACCCGCCAUUAGUGAGAGAAAGGAGGAGAAGUGGAGAUAAAAUAAACGAGGAGGAUUUCUGCUGUAAAUGUUGUUCAUGGAAGGUCAACUGACAUCGCUGAGGGGUUUGGCUAGCUAGCAGCUAGCUCUGACACCGAACCUCAGAGACCGGCACCGAGACCGGCACCGAGACCGGUCUUCCUCCCCUCUGGUCGGGCCUGCAGAACCCGUCCCAUGUCUGAGCUGUGGGCCUAGUUCUAGGCUGAAGGUUGGACCGGUCCAAUGACCUGCCAGUCCUCCGACAGCAUCGAGAGCGACAGACGAGCCGAGAACAACUCCAGAGCUGUGGAAUCGGACGAGAGCCGCAUCGCCUUAGCCAUGAAAGACCUGAAGAACACAGGCUGGUACUGGGGCAGUCUGACUGCUAACGAGGCUAAAGAGAUCCUCCAGGACGCCUCCGAGGGGACGUUCCUGGUUCGGGACAGCUCCCAGAGAGAUUACCUGUUCACCAUCUCGGCGAUGACGUCGGCGGGUCCGACCAACCUGCGCAUCGAGUACAAACACGGGAAGUUCAAGCUGGACUCGGUGGUUCUGGUGAAGCCCAAACUGAAGCAGUUCGACAGCGUGGUUCACCUGGUGGAGCACUACGUCCAGCUGUCCCGGACCGGCGACAAGGCACCGGCGAACUCUCGGCCCUCGGCGGCGCCGCCCAACGGUACGGUGCAGCUGCUGCUCACCAAACCGGUGUACACCGCCACACCGCCACUGCAGCACCUCUGCCGGGUCGCCAUCAACCGGACGACGCGGCGGGUUCAGGACCUGCCGCUGCCCAACAGACUGAAGGACUACCUGAUGGACUACGCCUACAACGUGUAGAGCAGGACGCCACUGACCAAUCCCAGCAUGCUUUGCUCCUGUGACAGGAGGGACGCGCAAUAAUCAGUGAGGAAGAAACUGCAGGAGGAGGAGGAGGAGGAAGAGGAAGAAGAGGGACUCCUCUGUGAACUGCAGUAACACUGCAGUAUUGGCACUGUUUGUACCCUGUGGGUCAGAUUUUGGCAGUGUUGGUCCUCCGUAUAAACCCGAUCAGUUGAAGGUGAAUUAACGGUCGUAAACUCGCAGCUACGCAACAGAAACAAUAUUUACAAACAAACAGCUGUUAUCAGUUUAUUUAUUUAAAAAAUGUGGAUCAAUAACAGUCACUCACAUAAACCUGUUUCCAUUAAUAAGGUGAUUAAUUACUGAUUAUUGAUCAGUUGAUAUAAAAUAUGAACUUUAAUUAAACUUCUGUUUCAGUUAACGAAGAGAAACUCAGUAAAAACUGACAUCAACAUUUCCUGCUGUCACAGUUGAGUCACAGGAAACCGAGGCCUCUGAUUGGCUGCUGGACGACUGUGAGAGGCUCGACCCUCGGUGGCGGCGGCGUCGAGGGUUUCCUGAUCGAUGGAAACAAACAGACGUGUUGUUUUCAUGUGAACUAAUGAGUUGGACUUUGCCCCCCCUUGCUGGAUGUAGUACUGCAGCUCUGGACCUGGUGAUCCUGCUCUGAGGUUCAACGAGGACGCGGCCCAGAUAAAGUCCACAUCAGUCUGAUCUCCGGUCCGGUUUCACUGGUUUCUGAUCACAAAGCGAAAUCGGCUCCGAUCCAUUCAUAACGUUACGAUAAAAUCCGUCGAGAAAGUUACGAUGUUUUAAAAUUAAGAUUCUUACGUUUAAAUUUGGUCCGAUAACAGAAUCAGAAAUUCCUCCAACACGUCCUUAAAAACCUUCUGUUUCCCAGGAUGGUGAAGUCGUGUCCACGUACAAACAUACAGACAGCCGUAUGGAAGAUGAUUAGUGCCAUAUACUAAAAAUUUACUUGAGUUCUGGGUUAAAAAAAAGUCGUCUUCCAUCGAUCAAUAUCAGCCAACAGACAAAGUCCAGGCAUCAGAAUCAGUAUUGAGAAGUCAUCUAAUCACAAAUCAUUGAGCCAUUCGUCAUCAAACGUCAAAAGUCGCAAAUAUUUUUAAUGAAUUAUACAAAAAAAAUCUAAACUAUUUUGACAUUUUUCACUUUCUUCUGCAAUUUAAUUAUAAAAAAAAUCUCUAAAAACAUCUCGACAAGUAAAUCCCAAAAGCUGCUCUCUGAGUAGAAGAUGAAAUAAAUCAUUUUAUUACCAUUCAAGUUAUCAGAAGUCUGAACAGGAAGUUCUCCAUGAACCUUUUGUUAUAUUUUAUCUUUAGCAAACAGCUUCUGUGAUUUAGAGUUUGAUAUUAUUUGGAUUCAUCGUGCAGUUUGGAUCAAUAAUCUGGAUCAAUAAUCUGAGUCCAACUUGUUCUUUUUCAGAAUAAAUAUGUUUUCUAAUAUAAUUUUAUAAUAUUUUCCUGCUGGGUUUGAACAGAUGUUUGAUUUGAGUCGCAGUAACUCAAGUAUUGAUUAUAAAUUAAAUUAAUUAAAGUUAUUCUCUUAUGCGGCUUUAAAGGGAACUUAAAUAAAAUGAGUCGAUGUAACAAACUGGAAUCAAACACAUUAAAGUUCAGACUGAUUUUGUCUUUAGGGUUCAUUAAUGUAACGAUAACGAGGAUUCUUCGUGGACGCGUUGCUGCGAGUUUCAGCUCGACCUCCGUUCUCUUCCGGGUUUUAAGGCGGUCCAGGUCCAGGAUGUGGUCACUCAGGUAAACAGGAUUCGGCUGCCGGCGCUGGUGUAAAUAUCUAAUGUUCCUCUUUGUAUCUUUAUUUUUAUAUGAGGGGUUAAUCACUGAAGGGAAGGGUCGCUUGUUUUAUCUCCAGCUACGAUUUCAUGGUGAUAAAGUUCAUCUACCAUCAGACCUUUAUUACUAUAACACAAUGAGCAGGACCACACAUCUUUGUACAUAUCACACCUGCUGGACCCGGCUGGACCCUGCUGGACCCGGCUGGCUCUCAGCUUGGUUUUGAUUAUUAAAGAUAUUUAUUGAUUGUGUCUCACUGUGUGUUCUGGUACAUUUUUUGUAAACGAGCUGCGGACUGAAAGCGUUCUGCUGACGGGAAGCUCUGUGGCGGUUCUGUAACGUUGAUCGGCUCCGACCACGAGGUGAAUAAAAGUUUUAUAUGGUGCUUCAUCA